AUGCUUUCAAGACACACGUCGGACUCUGCGCCUGGUAUGCUGCUCUCUCUGAUGGUGGCUGCUUUCUUUUCUCCCGCUCAAGGACUCCAGUGCUAUGGCUGCAAUAUUGUCAUUGGCACAAAAUCUAUUGACGCGGGCUGCUCCAAUCCGGAAAUUAUUACCUGCUCCCACUCUCACAAGGGCUUCAAGCACAGGUUCUGCAUUAAAACAGAAAGCGUGGUGCUGCGGAUUCUGCUGACCAGCGGCUGUGCCACCUCCCGCCACUGCCUGCAGCAGGAACUCCCAGGGGUGCGGAUCCAUUGCUGUGAAGACGACCUGUGCAACGGCUCCCCUCGGGCUCCCAGCCGGCCCCGCCUGCUGCCCUGUGCCAGCGCCCUCUUGCCCUGGCUCCUCGCCACCUGCUUCCUCCUGUGA